AUGUCUCCUGACGCCUCCAUAUUCACUCGUGCAGCUCCUGUGACAGCGGCCGACCGACAAGUAAGAAAUCGCGUACAGCUUGCUCACGUCAGGGAGCUAUGGAUAUUUCUUGGCAGCGUUCUCGCUUUCUUUACGCUCGUCAACGCAAUCCGCUGCCUAUCGAGGAGGUUGAAGGCACUACCGGGACCCAACGAACUUGCGACAGAAGAGAUGAAUGACAAAGAGUCAAACAAAACACCCCGCCGCAUCCCUUCGCCAAUUCAACGAAUUCUUUCGACUCUGCAAACAGGUUUCCGGAUUGUUUUCUUCCGUUGGAGUGUACCCAUUGGUUUAGGGUCAAUCGCCUCGGUCUCUGAAUUGGCAUUUAUCUUUGUGUACAUCGCGGCUAUGUUUGUAUGGCUUUUGGUAGACACGCGCGACCUUGCUGCCUACAUGUAUCAGGAUCGUGCAGCCCAUAUUGCCUCUAGUCAAAUUUCUUUGAUUGUCGCCUUGGCCGGCAAAAACAAUGUUAUAUCCUGGUUGACCGGUGUAAGCCAUGAAAAGCUCAACGUUCUCCACCGUGCCUCCGCCAGGACCAAUUUUAUAUUUUUUUGGAUUCAUGCGCUUACUCGCGUAGUUUCUGGAUUGCCCAAAAACUUCGACUUUACUCACGAUUGGAUGCGUUCCGGUGCGGUCAGCCUGACUGCAUUAACGCUUGCCACCAUGCUCUCUGUCAGACCCGUCAGAAACGCCGCGUUUGAAUUUUUCCUAGUCACUCAUAUUAUCUUCAUCCUCAUCUUUAUCAUUGGUGGUUAUUUCCACGCUAAGGCGCAGAAAUUCGGGGAUUAUAUUUGGCCUGGAUUGCUUAUUUGGGGCUUCGAUAGAGUUAUUAGGGCAGGACGUCUAAUUUGGAACAACAAAAUCUGGAAUCGCGCUCAUUCAGGCGAUGCUCUCGUCGAGCUUCUUUCAGAAGACACUAUCCGCUUAACCUUCCGCCGAAAUAUAUCAUGGAUUCCUGGGCAACAUGCAUACGUUGUUUUACCUACUGUUAGCUCUCUUCCUUUCGAAGCCCAUCCAUUUACUAUUGCCAGCAUACCCGAAAGCAGUACAGAUUCAAAGGAGCGUGAUAUCGUUUUUCUCAUCCGAGGCAGAGGCGGUUUUACACAGAGACUCCGCGAACACGCGACCAAGGAUCAUGGAAGUAGAGUUCCGGCCUUCUUAGACGGACCAUACGGCUGUCCUCCUGAUCUCCGACCGUUUUCAACGUGUGUACUGAUUGCAGGCGGCUCUGGCAUUUCGUACACUUUGCCACUCCUUUUGAAUCUCGUCAGCCUCAAUUCCCGUGGAGGUAAAUUGGCCGUCAGGAGAGUUGUUUUUGUUUGGGCGGUUCGUGACGCGGCACAUUUGAAGUGGAUAUCGAAAACUUUAAUGCAAGCUUUGACCCGUACAACGCCAUCGUUGAUCGUAGAGCCAAGAAUCUACAUCACUGGCAAAAAUUAUCCAAUUCCUGAAGUCCCCACUGUUUCGUCGGACCGAGCAUCAUUAUCUUCCACUUCCGUGGAGAAAGGCGAAAUUUCCCAUACAGAAUUGCCUGUGUAUUCCUCCUUGAAGUUGAUCCAUGGUAGGCCCAGCGUGAAGAAGUUAUUGGCGGAAGAAAUUGAGGCCGCUCAAGGCCCUGUCUCCGUGGACGUGGCUGGACCAUCUAAUUUAGCUGAAUCAGUUCGGCGAGCAUUGAGCUCAGAUUUGGCGGGGCCGAGAGCAGUUUUGAAGGGUUCUCAACCGGUCACUCUCCACAUCGAGACAUUCGGAAUGGCAUUGUGCAACACGAUGUCUUCCGACAACGGUGAUACAGUUGACGAAGUUCAAACCCCUGUAGAUGUUCCGGACGAACUUGCAAUUUCCAAACCGAGUGACGACAGUCCGGAUUCAGAGGAAGAACUUUUCGUAUACCCUUCCACACCUUCCAACCCAGAUGAUGCCCCCCAACAGUCAGCGUCAACUCGGCAAAUUCAUCCUACACCAGCACAACUAGAGGCCCUUUACGCUGCCGCUUGCUCUGGAGACCUCUCAUCUUUGAAGAAGGUUUUUAACACUAUCCUUGAGAACAGUGACAUCGAACCCUUUAACUUGUCUAACGAUGCUGCACCUCGAACCGGCUUCACUGCACUACAUGCUGCUGCAAGCAGAGGGUUCUAUGACAUGGCUGUCUGGCGUGAGUAUUUCUUCACUCCCGCAGGCUCAGGACUGAUAGUUGGUCCAGUAAUUGAAGAGUGCGGAGCAAUGCCUGAUUUGGAAGAUAGGGAGGGAGAGACUGCAUUACACAAAGCAGCCUUAAAUGGGCACUUGAGAAUUAUUAGCUACCUUUUGCCUGAUAAGGCUGAUGUUUACGCUCGCGAUGCAGAUGGGUGGACUGCCCUGCAUAAUGCUUGCUCUAAAGGAUACCUUGAUAUUGUUAGGUGGUUGUGCGAGCAAGGUGGCGCAAACAAUUCUGUCGGUGGUGUUCGAGGGGUAGAUGUUCGAAGUAAAGAUGGAUGGACACCCCUGAUGAACGCGGCAUCGAAAGGCCAUUUGCCCGUGGUACUCUACCUCCUCACAAAGCAGUCAGCCAACCCACUUGUUCGUAAUAAGUGGGGAGAAACUGCAUUUGAUGUGGCUGCUGCCGUUUUUGAAGUUUGGAUUUGCGAAAUAUUACAGCAAGCCGAAGCUGAGAGAUGGCGCGGCACUACAACCCCUUAUAACCCUUUGCUAGUUCAUACUACAAUACCCCUCAUACUAUACGAGAACCAACGCCUCGACACUCGUCUCAAAACUGUAGCAGUAAAUGGAGGACGGCCUAAAUUUUCCGCUUCAGGGUUAGGAAGGCGGGGUCGUCGCUCACCUUUUGAAUUGAGGUUACCGCAACCAGACGAAGAGACAGGCGCAAAAGUUCUCCCGGCAUGGCGGAGCGGUGUCCAAUUACCCCUUCGCGAAGCGCCAUGGAAUUUCCCUAGACCUGCAACAGUUCAACAUCCUGCUUUGGAAGGCGUCGAAAGGAGUCAUUUUUGGCUAUCGGAUUGGACCCUCGAUAUUACUCAUCCAUGCGUAGAUGCGGAAGAAGGCUGGCAAUACGCACAAUCCUUUGAUGAUCCUGAUGACAAGUGGACUGCCGAAAUGCCUCUUCAACUUGAGAGGCUGUUGUCUAGCAACGGGCUUGUCUCUGCUGGCUUUGGUGGUCACUCAGGAAGAGGGCAGUCCUUAUCUUCUUCCAGUCAAAGUAGACCUCAACCCACCUGGGUGCGGCGUAAGCGUUGGGUACGAAUCAUGCGCCGUCGAUUGGAUAUCCCACCUCUAGCUUUCCUUGAACCAGAUGGCGCUAUGUAUCAUCUAGAUUUCGAUGGCUCUUUGAUCCCCUAUGUUGAAGAUAGUCAUCUCAGCCCUUCUGAUGUUGGAGAAGCACGGGAAAUGGGUGCAAUGUCCUCUACCUUUUUAUCAUCUGCUCAAGAUUAUGUUGCUCGUGCACGUUAUCUUGUUGGAAAUCAACUACAGGAUGCGGAAACGUCUGGUUCUGCUGUUGAGGUCCGUCGUGCAAUCGCAAAGGUGGAACGAGCCACUAUGGAAUUAAGACAAGGAAUACUUAGCGACGAAGAUCCAGAACGCAAAGUACAAGCCGAAGUAUUACUUAAUGCCUACAGUCGUGACCUAGAACGGCGACGACUUUCUGCAGGAGCAAAAGGGCUUCUAAUAGCGAAUGACGACGAGGACCCAGACAAUGGUGACGAUAGUGACUCUGACGAUGAGUUUCAUUAUCCUCAGUCAUCCCACCAGGCAACGUCCAGAUCUGUUUCAAGGUCUUCGAGUGGCACGGACUAUUUCAGCAGACCCGGUGUUUCUAGGAUCCCUGCUGACCUUACACCUCAGCUCACACAAGCACCGGACUUUCGCGUUCCUACUCAUGAGGCACCCCAGAAAGUUUCCACAUCGCGAUGGAACUCUCCUGCUCCACGUCAGCUUCAUGCACAGUGGGAAAGAGACGAGUCAGUAACUCAAUGUAGAGAAUGCCAUCGCAGAUUCAAUUUCUUAAACCGCCGACAUUGCCGGAAAUGUGGUCGUAUCUUUUGCGAUAGAUGUUCAUCUUUUAGGGCCAUCUUGGACCCCGCUGAUGUGGUACAAGAUCCUCUAAUGCCCGACUUUGUCUCCCCAGCGACAAGUCACAGGGUGUGCCAAUCUUGCUUCGAAGAAAGUACGAGCAGUAUUCCUAGUAGGCUGCAUGGGACAAGCACAAUGGAGCGCAUAGUAGUUGAUCAAGAACAUCUUACUGUUCCUGGCUCUUUGACCCGAAGGCAGUCUAGUUCUCAACUGAGCGACCUCGCAGACUGCCCUGUUUGUAAUCAGAACUUAGAUGAAGUUGGAGAUGCUCACGCACAGGAAGUUCAUGUCAAGAGUUGCCUUGAGGGUGAUUCUAGUGCAUCUCAGUUCGGCCAAGUAGUCAAAUACCUGGUGUAUCACCUCCCAGCUGAAAGUACUUUGAUUGGUGUGGAAUGCGUAAUCUGUCUGGAAGAAUUCGCUAAAAAUUCCACAGUUGCGCGCCUCAGUUGCUUCUGCAGCUUCCACAGCGCUUGCUUGUCAUCAUGGCUCCAACGUGGCAAAAGUUGUCCCGUACACGCUCGUUGA